UUAAUUCAUUCGACUCUUUACCCUUUUUUUUUCCUCCGUCUCAAAAUUUCCUUUUUGGCUCUCUACGAUCUUCGUUCGAAAUCGUUCCCUAAUCGAAGAUCUAGAUUCUACAUACGUUUGAUCUCUCAGGUUUGCUUCUUCUUCGACUACGAUUAUGAUGAUGUCUUCUUCCUGCUUUCACUUUGGGUUGGGUUUCUUCAUCUCCUCGAUUCUCGAUCCUCCUAUUCGCAUCGAUACCCAGAAAUCUAGGGUUUCCACCGGUUAAUGGAAGGAAAUAUAGGGUUCACCGAUAAGGAUGAUGGAUUCGAGUUUCUCUUCUAUGUACAUUCGUCGGAGCUAGAUCUUCUCUUCUUGGGGUUUUUAGAUUUUGUUGUUAUUGUUAUAUUUAGGGUUUUGAUACUUUGAAACUCGGAUGAUUGAUCGUCGACUAUGGUUUGUUUGGAAUUGAAGAACUCUUUCGGUGUUUAGUGGCAUUUAGGUUAGGAUACUGAAUGGUGAUUGUGAAAUUAGAGAUUUAUUUGGUUUUUGUGUGGACGUGAUGCUCUACGAUACCUGGAUUGAAUUUAGGGUUACAGACAGAGGAUUGUUGGUUUUGAUUCUCUUCGUACUUCUAGCGAUUGGGGGAAUUCAGAAACUACUUACUUCUGGACUUGUUACCCUUCUGAAAAUUUAUGUAUGGAUCAUCAUGGAUGAAGCAACAGUUAUCGACUCUGUGGUUCAGUCUUCUAAAGUUAGUAUUUUCUCAAUGUUUAGUAUGGAUUACAAGGCGCCAAGGAGAUACUCACACGGAAGGAAUUUCGGAGUUGCCAGACAGCAAGAUUUCGCAGCAGAUAUAGUUACGAGAAGACCUUAUGUCCCGUAUGACAGUGGAAUGAAGAAAGGUCGAAAUAAUUUGUCAAGGAAUCUGGUUUGGACGUCAAAAGAGUACAAGGCACCAGAGGGCGACAGGCCACGGAAGAUUGCAGCCAAUGGGUCAACAAAACCACCAGUUUUAGGCACAGGAAACUGCGUGUCAAACCAGCCGAGGAAGAGUGCUGCAUAUGGGCCAAGGAGCUCUUCUAUUUCAGACACCAGAGGUUGGGGGUCGAGAGAUACCAGCAGUCCUAAAAGAAGUGUAUGUAAGUAUUGGAAAGCUGGAAACUGCAAAAGGGGUGAGCAGUGCCAGUUCUUACACUCUUGGUCUUGUUUCCCUGGAUUGGCCAUGGUAGCUGCUCUUGAAGGACACAAGAAGGAUCUAAAGGGGAUCGCCCUCCCUCAGGGUUCUGAUAAACUCUUUUCAGUCAGUAGUGAUGGUACAUUGCGAAUUUGGGACUGCAAUUCUGGUCAGUGUGUACAUUCCAUCAACCUCCAGGCAGAAGCUGGGUCUCUAAUCAGUGAAGGCCCAUGGGUUUUCCUUGGCUUGCCAAACGCUGUAAAGGCUUUUAACGUUCAAACCAGUAAAGAUUUGCAUCUUGAAGGGGUGGUUGGUCAGGUGCAUGCAAUGACUGUUGCAAACGGAAUGCUUUUUGCUGGAACAAGUUCUGGUAGUAUAUUAGUCUGGAAAGCUACAGACUCUGAGUCUGAUCCAUUCAAGUACUUGACAUCUCUUGAGGGACAUCAUAGUGGUGACGUCACUUGUUUUGUUGUUGGUGGUCAACUGCUAUACUCUGGUUCUGUCGAUAAAACAAUAAAGGUGUGGGAUCUCAACACCCUGCAAUGUGUAAUGACCCUGAAGCAACAUACCGGCACUGUCACAUCACUCUUAUGUUGGGACAAGUGUCUGAUAUCAUCUUCCUUGGAUGGGACCAUAAAAGUUUGGGCUUGUUCUGAAAAUGGAAGCUUGAAAGUUGUUCAAACUCGCAAACAAGAACAGAGUGUUCAUGCUCUUUGUGGGAUGCAUGAUGCAAAGGCCAAACCGAUCAUAUUCUGCUCUUACCAAAAUGCAACAGUUGGCAUUUUCGAUCUACCAUCUUUUGAAGAAAGAGGAAAAAUGUUCUCGAGGCACACGAUCGGCACACUCACAAUUGGUCCUGAAGGAUUGUUAUUCAGUGGAGAUAAGAGUGGGAGCUUGCGUGUAUGGAGCUUAGCUGCUGGCAACAAAGUUUAGUCGUUUAACAAUUUUCGACUAAAGAAUUUUGAUUUAAUUUGUACAUACAUUUGUGGUCGAUAUGAUGAGUUAAGAGAGUUUUCUUUUGUAAUGAUGACUUGGAGAUUAAUUUUACUAAAUUUAAUUUCAAAAUCCUUGCAUCA